AUGUCUACAACCACAACCGCAUCCGCAGCCACCAGCACCGCAUGUGGAACCUCUUUCCAAUACGAGCUCCCCGUUAAAGACGCUGCAUGUGGAGUUCCCAGCACCAACAAAUACAAGGGCUAUCUUUCCAAAUGCGCGAAACCAGCAGGUGUAACCGCGUAUAACAAUGACUGUGCCAUCUACGCUCUGGCCGUGGACCAGUCAGUUCAAGAGCUCACAGACUGUCUCUACGAUGCUGGCGUCGAGUGGAAAGACGUCUGGUGCUAUGGCUCCACCAACGCCACUGCCACCGCAACCUCAUAUCCGACUUCAUCGGAAACCUCGGCAUCGACUACCGACAAGAAAAAGUCGUCCACUUCAACAUCCAGCUCGGAAACCAGUACCAGUACCUCUGGUGCUAGUGACAUAGUGCCAAACGCACAUGUUAGUCUAAAAGCUGCUGUGCUUCUUUCCACUCUUUUUGCUUCGGCUGUGUUCGUGGGCGCAUGA